CAGGCGAUAAGGUAUCUCGGAGAAGGACAUCGCGGCUCUCACCACCGUCACCACAACGCACACAGUACCGAUUUAACAUCCGUACGCCAUCCCUCUCGUGCAGCGAAGCUCACGAUCCAUCCCACGAUGGUGCGCCAACGCCGUUCCUCCGCCGCGAGCGAGGACUCCGGCCACACGGCAAGGGACCAGGAGCUCGGAAGCAUGUACGAUUACCUUGCGAAGAUUGUUCUGCUCGGCCCCAGCGGCAGUGGGAAAUCAUGCCUCCUCCACCGCUUCAUCAAAAACGAAUGGCGCUCCCUCUCCUCCCAAACCAUCGGCGUCGAGUUCGCCAGCAAAAUAAUUCGUAUCGGCACCGGCUCGAGGAUGAAGCGUAUAAAGCUGCAACUCUGGGAUACCGCUGGCACAGAACGCUUCCGCUCCGUCUCGCGUUCGUACUACCGCGGUGCCGCGGGCGCGAUCCUAGUGUACGACAUCACGUCUGCGGCAACAUUUGCGGCACUUCCGCCAUUCCUGGCUGAUGCAAGGGCACUGGCGUCGCCACGGCUGACAACGCUGUUGGUGGGGAAUAAAGAGGAUUUGGCGGGUGGGGGAGGUGGAGAGUCGUUAUUGGAUUCGGCGGUUCCUGUGGCGCCCAGCUCGGCGAGUGCGAGGAGCGAGAGGAGUGGGUGGAGUGAGAGGAGUGAUGGGCUUCCGGGGGGUAGCGUGAGGGGGCUUGGGGCGAGGUUACAGGCUUCUGAGGCGCCGGAGGGGAGGGAGGUUGGGGGGGAGGAGGCGAGUCGGUGGGCGAGCAAAUCGGAAAUACCAGUGGCGGUCGAGGUGAGCGCGUUGAGUGGGGAGGGGGUGGAUGAAGUGUUCCAUCGGCUGGCGAGGAUGAUUUUGACGAAAAUCGAGUUGGGGGAGAUUGACCCGGAUGAUCCGCUCAGUGGGAUACAGUAUGGUGAUAUGGGAGGCGGAGGCGGAUGGGAGGACGGGGCGAGUAUCAAGAGUGGUGCUGGCGGUGAGAGGAGAAGAGGGGGCCUGAGGGAAUGGGAGGAUGUGUUUACAUUGAGUGGACGGGCGAGGCGGAGGGGGAGAUGUUGUUGAUAAGGUGGGCUGCACAUAUUGCUUGGGGUGCGGGCACAUACAGAAAGAGGCAAAGAGAGGGUUAUGGCGCUGAGCGCCGGGUGUUCGUUUCAGCGGGCGCUGACGUUACAUUGGCUAGAAUACGUAAUGCAUAAUGGGGAGUGGGCGCGUGGCGCCGUGGAGGAAGGGUAAACAGUCGGAUCAAUUCACAUAUCGAUAGGAAGGUAGCCCACAGCGCAGUUUGCAAUGAUUGCAACUCUUCGUUUGUCUGCUACAUAUGAUGACUUCGACCGUGAGAAGGAAGUUUUAAUUAACUUGCCCCGUCUUUGCAUCUGGAUGUUGCAGCAUAUGCCUUCGAUAAUUAUCGGGUCUUGAAAAGCCCUGCUUUAUUCCACCCAAGGAGAAUUUGCAGGAAGGGUACGGACAGUAGAACCGAUGAGCGUCUGGCACAGAAUCUUGAUGCCUUUCUUUGAUAUGUCGCUCAAGGUCCUUCUUGUACCGGAAGCCCUUGUUGUCACACUGUGGUGCGGUGCAUUUAAACGGCAGAGUAUGAGAUUUCUGGUGGGUGCUAGAUUAAGG